ACCGUCGCCGUCGACGCGGACACCCUCAUCCUGGGCAUCGAGACGUCGUGCGACGACACCGGCGCGGCGGUGGUCACCGGCGACGGCCGCGUCCUCGGCGAGGCCAAGACGUCGCAGGACGCCAUCCACGCGCCGUGGGGAGGCGUCGUCCCGAACCUCGCGCAGGAGGCGCACAAGGCGGCCAUCGACGACGUCGUCACGACCGCGCUCCGGAACGCGGGCGUCGAUGCGUCUCGCCUCGACGCCGUCGCCGUCACCGUGGGUCCCGGCCUCUCCAUGUGCCUGCGCGUCGGCGUCGUCGCCGCGCAGGACCUCAGCGCGGCGCACAAGAUACCGAUCGUUCCCGUCCACCACAUGGAGGCGCACGGGUUGGUCGCGAGGCUCGCGGGCGGCACCGAGCUCGUGCGGUUCCCGUUCCUCGCGCUGCUCGUCUCCGGCGGGCACAACCAGCUCAUCUUAACGCGGGGCGUCGGCGAUCACGUCAUACUGGGGAGCACGCUGGACGACGCCCUCGGGGAGGCGUACGAUAAGACGGCGCGGUUGUUGGGGCUGGACGUGGGCGGCGGCGGCGGGCCCGCGUUGGAGCGUUUGGCGAGAGAGGGGAACCCGCGGGCGUACGCGUUUCCGGUGCCGCUUCGCAAGAAAAAAAAUUGCGACUUUUCCUACGCGGGGCUCAAGACGGCGGCGAGGUUGGCGGUGGAGCGGGACCUGGGGGUACCGGACGGGGACGCCGCGUUCACCACGAUAGACAAAGCGAAGAGAAAGAUCCGCGCCGACAUCGCCGCGUCGUUUCAAGCCGCCGCGGUGAAGCACCUGGAGGAACGGACGAGACGCGCGGUCGGGUGGGCGAACGACGCGCUGGCGGAGGAGUCCGGCGACGCGAGGACGCUGAGCUGCGUGGUGGUGGCUGGCGGGGUGGCGGCGAAUGAGUCGGUGCGAGAGUCGCUGGCGAGGGUCGCGGCGGAGGUUGGGCUGCCGCUGGUGACGCCGCCGCCGAGGUGGUGCACGGACAACGGCGUGA